AUGCAGUCCAUCGGAGCUUGUGCUAAAUCACCUGAGAAGUAUAAGCUUUACAGCUUCAACGGUCCAACCGUCGCAGUUUCCCAAGGGUUGAAAUCCCCUGAACGUGACGAACUCCGGAUUGGGGAAGCAGGGACGAGGAGAGCCCAUCUCUUUCCAAAUUCGUAUGUUGCUGGGGAGACGAGUGGUGCCUUCUAUAUCCUGAGAAGCCUCGGGCCAUCUUUCGAGGGCGAAAAAAGAACAUAUGCUUCUGGGAACUCGGCUAGCAUCGAUAACCCUUCAUAUUUGAAAAACAACUGGUCCUCCGAAUCAUUCGCACGCGUUCAGUCGAUCGCCGCAACCGUUUGCCCCUGGUCUGAUAGUCAUAAUCUUGGAAAGCGAGGAACAAUGGGAUCCAAAAUCAAAAAGGUCAGAAAGAAGGGUCCGAAAGGGAACGAGGACAAGGGCGGAAAAGUCCCUCAUUCCACGUGUCCUCCUUCACCAGUGGACUCCAGCCACCGUGACGCAUAUAAUUCAAUAUCUGGAACGAACACCGCUCAAAGUCCCGAAGCUCCUUUUUGGUCGGCACAAGAGGAUGGCAAUCUCCUUACUAAGAACAUCAAUAUCAGGGGGAGAAGCAGUAACGGAGCCGCAACUGCUUUUGCUCCCGAUUUUGGCGGAGGAGAUGUUGCCAUAUAUAACCCUCGAUCUGCUGCUAGUGUGCAAUGGGAGUUACCGCCGCUUAGUGGGGUGCUUGAUGUCAUCGCCACAGACGCCAAAAACCAUGGCUUCCCAUGUAUCGAGUAUCCGGUGACCGAGAAUACCCAGUAUUUAAACAAUAUGUCAAGACGUUUCCCGCCUUUUGUUGGAGAGAUGGGGUCCACGAGGAGUCAGGGAAUAAGCAUCCCACCGCCGGAUCCCCGGGUCUUCAGAUACGGCAACCACACUGGGCUGACGAAACUACCACGUCUCUACGCUGUGCUGGAUGACAUCGCAAACGACUUGGAGAACAGAGUAGGAGGCUUCCCGCCUAUUGAGUAUGCAGUGAACAGUACGUCAGAGUACCUACUCAACAUGGUCGGGGCUUUUCCAGCAAUCUCCCCCGACCACUUCCCGGGAAUAUGCAACGCGCACAAUGACGCUAGCAGCACCGGCUCAAACUGUGCUGUUAUGCCCAGCUCCGCAAGGAAUAGCAGGGAACCGUUUACGAUACACAGCAGAACGAUGACCCCUGAGUUAUCAAACUCGCUUUUGAAUCAACCGCUCGAAAAGGGGAAUUCUGUCGACAAUCCUCUGAAAACAGAACAGUGCGACGAAAGCCUUAUCAAUGAAGAAAGGGAUUAG